UUGAAGAAGAAGGGAUUCAAAUCCCUAAAAACUUAAAAAUUGGGUCUUUCUUUUGUACAAUGACCAUUAUACCCUUCUCCUACCGACUCAUCAUCUUCCUCUUCUCCUCCUUUCCUCCUCCGACGAUUUAAAAUUCUCUGAAAUUUCACAACUUUCCCCAAAAUUCGAAAUACCCAACAAGGCAAAUGACCAGACCCAGCAGAUCAUCAAGCUCCAACACGAACCCAGAUAGAAUCGAAUCACAAACAACAACCUCAAGGUCAGUGACACAAACCCUAAACGGAUCGCACCAAUUCGUGAUUCAAGGAUACAGUUUAGCUAAAGGGAUUGGAGUUGGGAAACACAUAGCGAGUGAUAAUUUCUCCGUGGGAGGUUAUAAAUGGACAAUCUUUGUCUACCCAGAUGGUAAAAACUCAGAGGAUAGCUCUUCUUACGUCUCUGUGUUCGUCGCUCUCGCUAGUGAUGGUACUGAAGUAAGAGCGCUUUUUGAGCUUGCCCUUGUUGAUCAAAGUGGUAAAGGGAAUCAUAAGGUUCAUAGCCAUUUCGAUCGUUCGCUUGAUGGUGGUCCUUAUACGCUUAAAUAUAAAGGAAGUAUGUGGGGAUACAAGCGUUUCUUCAGACGUUCGUUGCUUGAGACAUCUGACUACCUUAAAGACGAUUGUUUGAUAAUCAAUUGUACAAUUGGAGUUGUUUCUUCGGAAAUACACUGUCCGCGGUUACACUCUAUACAUGUCCCUGAUUCAGAACUUGGAUCAGAUUUUGGAAAUUUGCUGGAUACUUUGGAAGGCUCGGAUGUCGAAUUUGACAUUGCUGGGGAGAAGUUUCGAGCUCAUAAAUUGGUUUUGGCUGCACGAUCUUCAUUCUUCAGAUCAAAGUUUUACAAUAUACUGGAAGCGAACAACAAUGAGUUAGUGAUCAGUGAUUUGGAACCUAAAGUCUUCAAGGCCUUGUUACACUUCAUGUAUAAAGACUCUCUCUCGGGAGAUGUGGAACCAGUAACGGCUCAUUCAUUUAACCUAUUAAAGCUGUCUGAAAUCGAUGAGACACUGAUCGUAAAGCUUUUGGCAGCUGCAAACAAAUACAAUCUGAGUAGGCUCAGACUAUUGUGUGAAUCUCACCUCUGCAAAGGCAUAUCUAUCAGCUCCGUAUCCAAGAUCUUAGCUUUAUCAGACAGAUAUAAUGCAACUGAACUAAAAAGCGUUUCCCUAAAAUUCGCUGCUGAAAACCUACAAGCUGUUCUGCAGACAAAAGCUUAUGAAGAUCUGAAAGAUGACUAUCCAAACCUCCAGUCCGAGCUACUACAGGCGGUAGCUGGUUAUGACGAAACAAGUAGCAGCGGAGAAGGAAAGUCUCAGAGUGUUUGGGGCCAACUCUCUGACAAUGGUGAGACCAGUAGCCGAAGACUAAGACAGCGAACCACAUAGAGGAGCUUCACCUUUUGUUUGUUGUAAAGCAAAGUACAUUGUUUUAUAUCUUUUGCUUAUGACUCAUAAAAAGGUUAACCCAUGUAUCUUUUUAUUGCCCAUAUAAGCUACUCAAUGAAAAGGAUAGUGUAAUCUAACUUAUUCUGACUGUUUUGAAAACAUGACUCUUCUCUUCCAAAA